GGGUGGCGGGGACCGUUAGCUGGCCAGGCUGGCAGGCUGCGGGCCGCUACUGCACUGGCAGCCGGGAUGGAGACGAUGCGAGCACAGCGGCUGCAGCCUGGAGUAGGCGCUAGCGGGAGGGGCACUCUUCGAGCGCUGCGGCCCGGAGUGACUGGGGCCACGGCUGCUGCCGCCACACCCCCAGCGGGCCCCCCGCCGGCCCCACCGCCCCCCGCACCGCCCCCGCCGCCGCUGCUCGCGUCAGGGGCCCCCGGGCUGCCCCUGCCCCCCGGAGCCGCCGGCAGCCCGGCUGUGCUGCGGGAGGCUGUGGAGGCCGUGGUAAGGAGCUUCGCCAAGCACACGCAGGGCUAUGGCCGAGUGAAUGUUGUGGAGGCACUUCAGGAAUUCUGGCAGAUGAAGCAGUCCCGUGGGGCUGACUUGAAGAAUGGGGCUUUAGUGGUUUAUGAGAUGGUUCCCUCCAACAGUCCUCCCUAUGUCUGCUAUGUCACCCUGCCUGGGGGAAGUUGCUUUGGAAGCUUCCAGUUUUGCCCCACAAAAGCUGAGGCCCGGAGAAGUGCUGCAAAGAUUGCGCUAAUGAACUCUGUGUUUAAUGAACAUCCUUCCCGAAGAAUCACUGAUGAGUUCAUUGAGAAGAGUGUCUCUGAGGCCCUGGCAUCGUUCAAUGGCAACAGGGAGGAAGCUGACAACCCAAAUACAGGGAUUGGUGCCUUCCGAUUCAUGUUGGAAUCCAACAAGGGCAAGUCAAUGUUGGAGUUCCAGGAGCUAAUGACAGUUUUUCAACUGCUGCACUGGAAUGGCAGCCUUAAGGCCAUGAGGGAAAGACAGUGCUCUCGUCAGGAAGUGUUGGCUCAUUAUUCACACCGGGCCCUGGAUGAUGAUAUUCGCCACCAAAUGGCCUUGGACUGGGUGAGCAGGGAGCAGACUGUACCGGGGGCACUGUCUAGAGAGCUGGCCUCCACCGAGCGAGAGCUGGAUGAAGCCCGAUUGGCAGGCAAGGAGCUGCGCUUCCACAAGGAGAAGAAAGAUAUUCUCAUGCUGGCUGCUGGGCAGUUGGGCAAUAUGCAUUCUUCCAACUGCUAGGCAUCCACCCACAUACUCCCCAUCCUCACCAGGCCUUUUUGUAUGUCUCCUUUCUAAGACGUAGGAUGAUUUCUGUACAUAUUUUCUCAAUUUUAUACUUUAAAAUAUAGAUAUAUAUGUGUAAAUUCUAUACCUGGAUUCCUAUUUGCUAAGAGAUCCCUUUUCUUACUUCCAGUUUUUGGAUGUAAUUUCAUUUGAAACAUCUUCACUCUACUUUACAAGAAAGAGCAAGCUGUUUUUGGAGCUCUGCUAGCUCUUAAACUUCCCGGCUAACUCUGUGUAGUCAUUUCAGUAGCACAAUAUGAUUGACU